CCCCCCCUCAGAAAGCCCCUGCUCACGAGGUAGUACUUUUUCAAAGUUCAGGAACUUUUGGGGAUGGGAAUUGGGUACUGAACAUGCUGAUUGUUAAGGUUCACGCAGCAUUUUGAUUGGUUGACUCCAUGCAGCAUUUUAUUUCAACCACCAUUUUUAAAAGUCUGUUGCGGUGCGUGCAGUAAUGUAACGAGGAGGCGGAAGCCGUGUUGGAAUCCAUGUGCUGAAGUUUAUUAGGAACAGUCCAGAAGGAGCAUGAAGCCAGGCAAGGGUCAAAACCACAAAAAACAGUCCAAAAGGCAAACAGGUAAAGGGGUAGUCCAAAGGCAGGUGUCGAAAAGGCAGGCAAGAUGGUCAAACACAAAAGCAAUCCAAACAGGCAGCCAAGUAAAAAAUGGAAAUCCAAAAAUCAGUAAUCAGAGAAAGCAGGCAAAUGGUCAUACACAAGGUAAACAGACAGUAGAUACAAACGCUCGGUAAGGCAGAACUGGCAAUACUUCGCAAGGCCUGUUUGGUCAUGCCAUGCUUAAAAUGGCUGCCAAACAGGAAGUGACUGUAGAGUGAGCAGAGGGAGUGGCACACAGUCAGAAUUCAGGCGAGGGCUCCCUCUGCUGGUGUGGCAUUACAAGUAAGAGUUGUUUGCUAUUUGAAUCAACAGUGGAGUUUAAAAACUAUGACUGAUGGACCGACGACGAGGUUCAGGCUUUUUUAAGCUUAUAUGCGGAGGACGAAAUCCAGCGGGAACCUGAAAGUCGGACGCAGUCCUGCGUCACUUGUCUAAUCUUCAUGGUACUUUAGACCACGAUGGACACGCAGACAGCAACAGGUCUGGGUUAAAAAAAGUUCCUGGAACAAAAUGUUCCCAGUAAUUUCGGUGGAGAAGCGGCUUUUAACUGUGAUAAAAUCAGUAUGUUAGAAUGAUUUCUGAAGGAUCGUGUGACACUGAAGACUGGAGUAAUGAUGCUGAAAUUCAGCUUUUCCCCACAGGAAUAAAUGACUACUUAGCACAGACAAUGAAGUGAAUGGACAGGCAUAAUGGUUCACUAGCUAGCGGGGACAAGGGUCGCAGGAGGAGUCGGCUGGCCCUUUACAAACGGCCCAAAGCCAAUGGUGUCAAACCCGAUGUCAUCCACAAUGUCUCCACACCUCUGGUGUCCAAGGCCCUAAGCAACAAAAGCCAGCACAGCAUCUCCUACACACUGUCCCGGAGUCAUUCUGUUAUAGUGGAAUAUACACAUGACCCCAACACAGACAUGUUUCAGAUCGGCCGUUCCACAGAGAGCAUGAUAGACUUUGUGGUGACAGACACAGCGGGCAGUGGCACUGGAGGACAAGGGCAGGGGGGCGCAAAUGGAGAGGGAGGACAGUCGGCCCAGAGCACGAUCUCCCGCUACGCUUGCCGCAUCAUGUGUGAGCGCAGUGCUCCAUACACAGCACGAAUAUAUGCAGCGGGCUUUGACUCUUCCAAAAACAUCUUCCUUGGGGAGCGAGCUGCUAAAUGGAGGACCUCAGAUGGUUUGAUGGAUGGACUAACAACCAAUGGGGUGCUGGUAAUGCACCCAGCAGGGGAGUUCGUAUCUGAGCCCGCUCCAGGGGUGUGGAGGGAGAUCUCAGUAUGUGGGAAUGUUUUUGCCCUUCGAGAGACACGGUCCGCCCAGCAGAGAGGAAAACUGGUAGAGAACGAGUCAAACAUGCUGCAGGAUGGUUCUCUCAUCGAUCUCUGCGGGGCCACUCUGCUUUGGCGGACCCCAAGCGGUCUUCGUCACACCCCGACUCUCAAACAGCUCGAGUCUCUACGUCAGGAACUAAACGCCGCCCGUCCCCAGUGCCCCGUGGGCUUUAACACACUCGCCUUCCCCAGCCUGGCACAGCGCGCCACCAUUGACAAGAAACAGCCCUGGGUCUAUAUGAACUGCGGCCACGUGCAUGGCUACCACAACUGGGGGUUUCGGAAGGAGAAAGCGGGAUCCUCUGCAGUGGCGUUAACCGGGGGUGGAGGCACAGCUCCGGCCACGACCGGAGAGCGUGAGUGUCCCAUGUGCAGAGGGGUAGGCCCCUAUGUGCCCCUCUGGCUUGGGUGCGAAGGGGGCCUAUACCUGGAUGCAGGGCCUCCAACACAUGCGUUCUGCCCCUGCGGUCACGUGUGCUCGGAAAAGACGGUGCAAGGCUGGAGUCAGAUCCCACUGCCGCACGGAACGCAUGCCUUCCACGCUGCUUGUCCUUUCUGUGGAACGUGGCUGACUGGGGAACAAGGCCACAUCAAACUCAUCUUCCAAGGGCCAGUCGACUGAGAGGCACAGCUGCUGCGCGGAAAGUGAGAUGUUGAGACGGGAUAACAGAAACUGAGAGUUUGGACUAUGGAGGAUGGACACAAAAUGAACAGCUUGUGAAUAAGGCAAGGAUGACAAAAAGGGAAUAUACUUUGUUAUGUCAUGCAGAAUGUGUAAAUAAAAGUGAUGAAAUAAAAGUUGAAAACGUGAAA